AUGAUUUCAAUGGCACCAACCCCACUCUAUUUGCCAGCAGAAGAGGCAAAUAGAGUUAUUCGUUCACCAAUUUUCCAAAGAAAAGAUAGCAAAUAUAAUAAUAAAGAUUUAAAGUCAUCGAAUGAUUCAAUUCAACAACAACAAUUACAAUCACCAAAUAAUGAUAAAAGUUUAAGAAAAUCUGGCAGCCCAUGGUUAUCAAGUCAAAUUAAUUCUAAUCAAGCAGAAUUAAUGGAGUUAUCUGGUAAACGUUUAUCAACUAGUAGUCCAAAACUUUGUUCGGAAGGCGUAGGAGGUGGUGUUUAUUUCAUUCAAGGUGAAAAGGAUACUCAUCCAAUAUCUGUAUUUAAACCAAGAGAUGAAGAGAAUGGAAUCAUUGGUCCAAACCAUUCAAUGAUGGGAAUGAAGGCUGGUACUUUACCUGGUGAAGGAGUUUUCAAAGAGGUGGCAAUUUAUCUCUUUGAUCAACUCCAUAAGGGAUAUUUUGGUGUGCCAGUUACAACAUUGGUUGAAGUUCAACAUCCAAUUUGGAAUAAACAACAACAAGCUGAUGGAGCAGCCACUGAAAAUGAUUCAAACUUUAAUGAACUUCUUGGUGUUAAAAAGAUUGGUUCAUUACAAGAAUACAUCGUCUAUGAAGAUACUGCAGACGAGGUUGGUUGUUCAAAGUUUUCAGUUGAUGAUAUUCAUCGUAUUGGUUUAUUGGAUAGUUUAGUAUUGAAUUGUGAUAGACAUUCCGGUAACUUGUUAGUUGUAGCCAAAGAGGACAGUGAUCGUCUUGAAUUGGUGCCAAUUGACCAUAGUUUAUGUUUACCAUCAUCGGACCAAUUAUCAGACGCUUGGUUUGACUGGAUCAAUUUUCCACAAUCAAAGGUACCAUUCAGCGAAAAAGAGAAACAAUUAGUUGAAUCCAUCGAUAUCGAUAAGGUGAUCCGUCAACUCCACUCAAAACUACCAAAAUUAAGAUUGGGUUGUUUGGAAACACUCAAAUUGACCACCCUAUUCGUUAAGAAAGCCGUUGAAGCCGGUUUAAAUCUUUGUCAAAUUGGUAUGGCAAUCUCUCGUUACCAAUCACUCGAUGAACCAUCUCCAUUAGAAUCAAUAAUUGCCAAUACCAUUAAAAUUCAAAAACUAUCACUAUCCAAUCCACACUUUUGGACAGCUUAUCAAAAUGAGAUCGAUCUCUUUAUUGAUCAAAAUUAUUAA